CGGGCAUCGAGUCAACUGGCGGAACAGCGGGCACCGAGUCGUCUGGCAAGACUGCGGACACCGAGUCGUCUGGCAAGACUGCGGGCACCGAGUCAACUGGCGGAACAGCGGGCUUCGAGUCGUCUGGCAAGACUGCGGGCACCGAGUCGUCUGGCAAGACUGCGGGCACCGAGUCGUCUGGCAAGACUGCGGGCACCGAGUCGUCUGGCGGAACAGCGGGCAUCGAGUCAACUGGCUGAACAGCAGGCACCGAGUCGUCUGGCAAGACUGCGGGCACCGAGUCGUCUGGCAAGACUGCGGGCACCGAGUCAUUUGGCUCGCCAGCGGGCACCGCGUCAUCUGGCAAGGCAGUGGGCACCGAGUCACCAGGUACGACAGCGGACUCUGAGUCAAUUGGCACGACAGCGGGCACCGGAUCAGGUACCGGAUCAUCUGGAUCAACAGCGGGCAUCGAGUCAACUGGCCUAAUAGGAUCAUCAGG